CAUACCAGAGAGUAACGAGAGGUGAUGAAUACUCCGUCAUUCCCUCACUUACUGAGAGAGUCCUAAAUUGCAUCCUUUUCCCUAUGUAGGCUUAGUGCAUUACAUUCGACAUCAGCCCUUAUCAAGCGUAGUGCACCAUAUAGCCAUGGUGGGGUGCCAUCUGGGAUGCAAGCCUAGCGUCGUAGUUGCCUUUAGUCAACCCAAAGAUCUCACAAUAUGUGGUGUGUAUUUGUGAACUUCAGUCAGUCGAAGUUCUCUCGCUCUGUCUCUCUCCCUCUCUCUCUUCCUCUCUCUCUGUCUUUCGGUUAUUGUGUCGAUGAGACGAUGGGUAUCGAUGUGUGUGGAAGGGAGAGCGCGUGGCAGAGAGACAGAGCCACGGACCGGUCACUCCCCCAUACACGAGCUUCCCGGUUGCGCACGUUACGAGAGGCUAUAAAAGCUGGCAUCUCGAGACAGUGGCAAUCAAGCAGCAAAUCAAUACAGCAUCGCACGGCGAACCUCUGCAGACACAUGUGUAUUUUUUCAGUGGACUUUAUCGAGUGUUGUAAGUUUUUCUUCCAUCAGGGGGUCUUGUUGCAUUUAAACAGAGUGGCAUUGUAUUUAUCCAGAUACAGGUCAUAUCUGUUAUUAACUGUCAUGCUGCUCCGGGUGUGGGCCAAACUCCCGUGGUUGCUCGCGCAGCUGCUCGCCAUGCUCUACUCCACUGUACAGGCGCGUGCGAAAAUAAACUCCAUCUCAACCGUGUUGCUCCGGGAGUCGCACGCGACGUCAGCCUAUAGGAGCACGGGUUCCCCGUUACCCGGCACCGUGAGGAAGAGCGGCAAGGUCCCCGACCAGGUGUACCCCUGUGGCAGCGACCUGGAAUGUGGCAAGGGGAGCUUUUGCCAGGCUCCCUCCAGAAACCCCUCCCCCCAACGAUGUCACACCUGCCGACAGAGGAAGAGGCGUUGUCAUAGAGACGCCAUGUGCUGCCCCGGCAACCAUUGUAGAAACAAUAUCUGUACCCCUCUCCCAGACAGUGUGAUGACACAUCAUAUCACUGAGUUAGAGGAACACACUAGACUACCCCCAAAGAAGAAGGUUGGUUGGAAGAAGAGAGGGAGAGGUCAGACCAAGCUGCCCCCCAUCAAAGGUCAGCUGGGUGACCCAUGUCUCAGGUCUACAGAAUGUUCUGCCGGUCUGUGUUGUGCCCGUCACUUCUGGGACAGGAUCUGUAAGCCCGUGCUGAGGCACGGGGAGGUGUGUACGCGGCACGGCAGGAAAGGACAGGAGCUGUUCCAACGCUGUGACUGUGGAGAGGGACUGGCCUGCCAAGCACUCCGUACAGCCCUGCCAUCUUCCUCACCGUCAUCGUCAUCGAAGUCGAUAGCAGCAGCAGCUAAAGCAAGAUUGUACUUGUGUCAGAGGGAGUGAGGAAAGGAGUGAGGGAAGAAGUGAGGGAGUGAGAGAGGGAAAGAAAAUAAAGACUCAACCAAUACCCCAUCAGCUCCAUCUUCCCCCCAAUGGAGAGGAGGAGGAGUCACCUGGAAAAGAGACCUCUAUCUCUACCUGUAGACUGACUCACCUGGAGAAGACACCUCUAUCUCUACCUGUAGACUGACUCACCUGGAGAAGACACUCUACUCUCACCUGGAG